ACGCGCGCUACGCGUGAAAGUGCAAAGGUAAAGCUCGAUAAGAUCAAAUCAACUUUCAAUUCAUCCCAAAGAGCCAUCGUUGACAUCUAAACCCGAGGAAGUUCAUAGUCGGAGUUAGUAAAAUCCAGUAACAAAUGUCGCAAUAAUGCCCAGAGAAAUUAUCACGAUCCAGGCGGGCCAAUGCGGCAACAGCAUCGGUAGUCAGUUCUGGCAACAGCUCUGCCAAGAACACGGUAUCAAUCAAGAUGGAAACCUAGAAGAUUUCGCAACAGAAGGCGGUGACCGCAAGGAUGUCUUCUAUUACCAAAGCGACGACACGCGAUAUAUCCCCCGAGCCAUCCUAAUCGAUCUUGAACCUCGUGUUAUCGACGGCAUACAGACCGGUCCUUAUAAAAAUAUCUACAACCCUGAAAAUUUCUACGUCGGCAAAAGUGGUGUGGGCGCUGGAAAUAAUUGGGGUGAUGGAUACCAGACAGGCGAGGCUGUCCACGAAGAGAUCAUGGAGAUGAUAGAACGAGAAGCAGAUGGCAGUGACUCUCUUGAGGGUUUCAUGUUGCUUCAUUCUAUCGCUGGUGGUACAGGUUCAGGUCUAGGUUCCUUCCUCCUCGAACGGAUGAACGACAGGUUCCCUAAGAAGAUAAUUCAAACAUAUUCAGUAUUCCCCGAUACUACAAACUCGGGUGUCGUCGUUCACCCGUAUAACAGUCUCCUCUCCAUGAGACGUCUUACACAAAACGCCGAUUCCGUUGUCGUUUUGGACAAUGGAGCAUUAUUUCACAUCGCAGCAGACAGACUGCACGUCCAGGAGCCAUCAUUCCAACAGACUAAUCAACUGGUCUCAACAGUCAUGUCUGCCAGUACCACCACCCUACGAUAUCCCGGCUACAUGCAUAACGACCUCGUUAGUAUUCUAGCAUCACUCAUUCCUACGCCACGUUGCCAUUUCUUGAUGACGGCGUAUACUCCUUUCACGGGAGACCAAGUUGAACAAGCUAAGACUGUCCGCAAAACGACGGUAUUGGAUGUCAUGAGACGACUGCUACAGCCUAAGAAUCGCAUGGUCUCAACCGUACCAGGCAAGAAAAGCUGUUAUAUUUCUAUCCUAAACGUCAUCCAAGGAGAGGUCGAUCCGACAGACGUCCACAAGAGUCUACUACGUAUCCGUGAACGAAGAUUAGCGACAUUCAUUCCGUGGGGCCCGGCAAGUAUCCAGGUUGCUCUAACGAAGCGCAGUCCAUACAUCCCAAUGAGUCACCGUGUCAGCGGUCUAAUGUUGGCUAAUCAUACCAGCAUCGCAACCUUAUUCAAACGUAUUGUCCGCCAAUACGAUGGUAUGCGAAAGCGUAAUGCUUUCAUAGAUAGUUACAAGAAGACCGCGCCUUUCUCGGAGAACUUCCACGAAUUCGACGAGGCUAGAGAAGUGGUAACAGACUUGAUCGCCGAGUAUGAAGCCGCCGAAGAUGCCAACUAUCUGAACCCAGACGAAGGAGGGGCAACGUCCGCGGAAACGGACAAAAGAGUAGCGUAGUCAGGUUAUGUUCUUACGUGAAGGGACAGAAUUAACGAGAUUAUGAUACACCAAAAAGCAAUGCCAAUGAUUUUACCCUUAGGAUGGCUGAG